AUGUACCACUUCGCUGCUCAGAAUUCAGUUUCCCAGGUUCUAGAGUUGUGUGUGUACCCAACGUGGCACCACUCCCGACACCCGCCCCUAGAAGAAUUCCGACAAGCAUCUGGGGGCUCAUCCGUGCGACACAAGCUGGCGAAACUGUGUUUCGGUUCAUCGGCGCUGCCCUACAUCACGAGGAAGAUUGGACGCGCCGCUGUGGUGAAGCAGAUUCAGAAUAUUCCGAGAUUGGGCACGAUCAGUUCCAAUCAGUCAAGAUGGACCACCACCCAUUAUGGCGAUCUCAAUGUUCUUCGUCUUCGCUAUUCCGGGCAAGGGAUCGACUUUGGCCCACCCGACGACGCGCUACAGGCAUACCUACGCAAGAUCGAAGUUCGAGCGCCUGGAUUGCUUGACCAGGGCGACCGUCAACCCUCACUCAAGGCCAACCGCUAA